GUCACACGAAAUUUACCUGUAGAAAGGUUUCAAAUUGGACGGAAGUACAAUCGAUACUUCAGAAUUCGAUACUGACAGAAGUAUGGCCGAAAGCGGAUUUUCAUUUCUGCUAAAGACAAAACAGCAAACAACACAGUGAAACUAUUAUUAUGACUGAGUUAAAAGUACUUUAUUGUAUCGUCUUGUUAACGUUUUUCGAGUUGACGUCACAAAUUCGACCGUCCUUACAUGGGCACAAUAAUGCCUUCGUACAGGAUGACAAUGAUGUUCAAUAUCUUUUGGACAACAUACCAAUAUCUAUGCAUAAGGAUUUUACUAAUACAGUACAGGGAACUGGAGAUACAACAUCAGAAGAAGAUAAAACACAAGAUUCAUUAUCUUAUGUUUAUUUUGAACCACAUAUUUUGGACUUUAAAGAGAGACAACUUGGUAUACCCCACCAAGAAACUGUGAUCUUAUUUAAUAGAGAUCAUAACAAAACAAUUCACCUUUUAUCAAUAUCUGGAAAUACACGUCAUUUCCAUUCAUCAUUCUUUCGAAAUAAAGUAAUUCCACCAUUGAGGAACACAACAUUUGAUGUUGUCUUUCUUGGUCGUGAAGAAGGUGACAUUGAUACACAUCUUUUUAUACAUACAGCAGAUGGAACUGUGAAAUAUCAAGUAAAAGGAAUAAGUGUUAGUAGUCCAUAUCGACUCAGACCUGUAGUAGGUGUUAAAUUACCUUUAAAUGCAACAUUUACUCCACUUAUAUAUAUGCACAAUCCACAUGCAGAAGCUUUACAAGUAUUAGAGGUAUAUAGUAGUGGUGGAGAAUUUCAAUUAGAAUUGCCAUCAGGAGAAGCAGAAGGAUCACGUGAGCUAUGGGAAAUCCCACCAUAUCAAACAAAACCUAUCAUAAGACUACAUUUUAAUGCUUACACAGAAAAGAAUCAUACUGCAUAUAUUAGACUUAAAAUAAAUAAUACAUCAGAAGUACUUGUUGUAACAGUUGAAGUUGAAGUAAAAAGUGGUGCUGGUCUUCAUUGGGGUGGGAGUUCUGGAGUAAUUAAUUUAGGUAUGGGAGGUUCAUUGCAACCUCCUAUUCAAUAUCCUAUUGCUUUGAAAAAUUCAGCAAAAAAACCAAUAAAAGUUAUGAAUAUAAUUAGUACGCCAGUUUCUAAAGCAUUAAAACUUCAUUUCGAGCAAGCGGUAAUUCCAGGAGAUACCGAUAUACCAAUUGCUAUAGGAGCAUUAAUUUAUGAUUGGAAGACUGGUUUAGAAUUACAACAUUUUAAAGGAAAAUUAGUGAUAAAAGCUAUAGGUUCGGGUGGUUCUAGUCAAAAAUUAACAAUCCCAUGGAUAGCACAAGUUUUACAAGGUGGAUUAGAAGUAAACGCAUCAAUUACGCAUUAUUGUUCUCUCCAAUCUAAUCAAACACGAAAUUUUAGCGUUGUUAAUAAAUUUAAAUUACCAUUAGCUAUUACAAAUGUCACAAUGUCAUCACAUGUAAAAACACUUUUUACAAUAAAAAAUUUUAUUCCAAGAGUAAUAAAACCAGAACAAAAAGUGAAUAUAUUUUCAUUACAACUCGCAAAAGAUAGGAAAACUGAUAAUGUAAAAAUGGAAUCAUCAAUUUUAAUUCAUUCAAAUGUUUCUGUGACGGAAGUUCCAUUAUUAAGUUAUGAUGGAAAAGUAAGAAAAAUUGUUCCUGAAGAACGAGAAAAUGAUGAGGGUACAAUGAAUUUUGGUACUGUGGGAAGUGGAACUGAAAACGAGGCUAUUUUUGCUUUGGAAAAUCAAAAUCCAAUUAACAUAGAUUUACAUGGAUGGGGAGUUAAUAUGCCUGGUGCAGUGUUAGAACUUAUGGGUUGUCAAAGAGGUCCGGCUGAUUUAUUAGAUAAAGAACUUCGUAAUAUAACUGUAUGCAGUCAUACAGGCAAUCAAUACAUAAAACCUGGUCAUUUAGCUAUUUUUAAAAUUAAAGUAAAAACUCCAAUAGUCGAGGAAGAUACAAUUGUAGGUGAUGUAUUCGUUAGAACGACUUAUGAAAGAUUUAUUUUACCAGUUUACAUGCGUGUUGCACACGGAAGAAUUUCUCUGAAAAAACUUAUUUUUACGGAUUGUUUUCCUGGGUCAAUUUGCGUACAGCAAGUUAAGGUAUAUUCAACAUUUGUAAAACCCAUGCAAGUAACUCAAAUCACAUCUAUAAAUAAAGAUAAUAGAAUAAAAUAUAUACCUUUAGAAGAAGCAUCAAUGCCUGUUAUAACAAAAGGUGAAAAUUAUAUUGGUUCAGUAAGAAUUGAACCAUCAGUGACAUGCAAACAUUAUUGUUAUUUAGGCUUGUCAUUGGAUAGUAAUGCUGGUAAACAGUGGUUGAAUACUUUGGCCCUUCCUUCACAUACAAGAGAUUCUGACUUAAAUUUAUUAAAUACUAGAUACACACGUUUUCUUAAUUCUACAGGCGGUCGUUCUUGGGAUAAUGUUACGAUGCGCUUAGAUACAACAGAAGUUCGUGGGCACAAAUUUUAUUUGAAUAUAAAACCACAUUGGCCCAGUUUAUUGACUGGUUUUGGUAAUAGUAAAAAUAAAGUCGCUUUAGUAUUUCCUUUGACACAAAUUGGAAAUACAUCUCAUAACACAAUUAAAAUAUAUAAUCCAAGCAUCAAUCCUUUAAUAAUACAAUUAGUUAUGGAUUGGAAUUAUCCACAAGGAACGAGACUUUAUCAUUCAUUACCUGCUAAGUUUAAAUUCACAUGUGUAGAAUGUGGAUCUACAAUUGCAGAAGAAUUCAAACUAGAAGAAAAUAUAACAGAUAAAGAAAGAUUUGAAAGAGAAUGGGAUAUUACAAUAGCAUCACAAUCAAUUCCUUUAUAUUUAAAACCUUCUGAAUCAAGAACUAUUCAAAUAUCAUAUACACCUUUUUCAGCAUCUUUAUCAUCUGCACUUUUAUAUAUUAGAAAUAAUAUGACUAUCUUGGAAGUAUUACGUGUUAUGGGACAAGGAGCAAAUGCACAAUUUAGAUUUGGAAAUCGAAAACCAGGUUCUACUACACCUUUAUUAUUCGAACUUGCGGAUAAACAUCUUAAAGAUUGUGAACGAGAGCGAUUUAAACGAAAUUCGGCUCCAAAUCUGACAGUUAAGAGAUCUUUUAUGGCAAGAAAUACAGGAGAACUUCCUAUAGAAAUUUACGAUUUUUUUAUUAACGGUUUACGCUGCGAAGGAUAUGGUUUCAAGAUAUUGAAUUGCAUGCCAUUUAAAUUGAAUCCAAAUGCCACGAAAAAAGUGGAAAUAGCAUUUACGCCAGAUUUCACUUUAUCACGUAUUGAAAGAAAACUUUUGAUAUCUACAAGUUUAGGCUCUGAUAGUGAUAUCGAAGAUGGUAUAGUAAUACUUAAUUUACUCGCUACACUUCCUCCACAUUCUUUGGAAGUUUGCACAGCUGUACUUGCGAGACCCUCAUGGGAAUAUGCAGUGCAAUGGGCAGCUAUAAGUCUUUCAUCAAUAUUAUUAAUAUGUGUUCUCGCAAUUUCAUUUCUUGAAGCGGAUCGAAUAUUACGGGGAGCUUUAGUUAGCUUUUCAAGAGAAAGUUCAGUUCAACCACCGCUAGAUUUAAGACUAUUAUCACAUAUGCCUUUACAUUCAGCGCAAGAUUCGAUUUCUUUAAAAGAGAAAUUAAUAAACGAAGAAAAGCAAAAAAUAAUGAAAAGAGAGGAAUAUCCAGAUUGGGCAUUGAUGAAUGUAAAAAAAUAUAAGGAUAAAGAUAACGUGCAAAAAGGAUUAAAAAUUCCUGAUUGGUCUGCAGAUGAGGAACGCAGAUUUAAGUUGGAUACCGAGGCGAAAGAUAUAUUGUCCUUUAAACGUUGCGAAGAAUCAACAUUAGAUAACAGUAACGUUAUAAGCAAUAUUACAUUUGGUGCCAAGAAAAGAAAUAAUAAAAAGCAAAAUAAUGUACAAGAGGUUCAAACAGAUAAUUGUGUCGCAGAAAAUGCGUUUUCAGAUAUUCAAGGAACUCAAGAAAAAAAAUACACUAUAAGUACAUUUACAAAGACAAGUCCUGUAAUAAAUAGGAAAGGAAAGUCUAAUCAAACAAUAAAUAUUAAAACAGAAACAAAGUUGGUCGAUCAUGAAGUUCAAGUUGAUACUACAGGACUUCUUAAUAAUACUCGAAAUAAUAAAUUAGAUAAUAAAAAAAAACAAACUGUGGUUGGAAAUAGCAAUAAUGGUCAUGUAUCCUUCAAAAAAUUCGAGUCAAAUAGUAAUCAAAGAAACAUUCAUCUUUCUGAAGAAGAAACAUCAUCUACAACAACGGAAAGUUCUGUUCAAGAUGAUUCUCCCUUAUGUAAGAAUUUUGAUCAAUCUUGUGGAAAAUCUGAUAAAUUACAAAGAAAACCUGUAACUAAAAAGACUAAGCCCCAAUCAAUUACUUCUGUGCCAUGUGUAGAUUAUAGAGAUAAUUAUGAAGGUGACUGUGAUGACGAUGAAUAUGAUAAAGAAAGACAUAAUAAUCCAAAUAGAUGGAAAACAAAUACAAGAUCUACUAUGAAACAUCAUAUUCAUGCAACACGUACGGUUGAGUCAUCUUUCAAAUUACCUCGGCAAAAUAAAAAUCCUCCUAGGAAAGAUAAAGGAUCUCAGAAACGACGGGGCAUUGAUAAGGGACAUAUAAAAACAACAACAUUAAAUGGAAAUGUUAACCAAAAAGAAGAUUCAAUGCGAACGCUGGGAGCAAUUUCUACUCCAUUGCCACCACCACCAUCAUGUUGGGGUGAAAAUCGAGCUAGAUUUAGCGAUGUCGUAGCACGAAAUCAAGAAAAUAUUUCGCCGUUUUCGAACUUAAAUAAGUUACAUAAAACUCAAACGCAUAAUAUACCAAUGGUUUUCAAUAAUGACACCAAAGAUUUAGAUUAUACGAAACAGCAAUCGAAUCAAGAAUUAAUAUCGAGAACGAAGGAAUACAGAAUGAUAUCAAAAUCUCCAUCUAUUUGUAUUCAAUCUAUUGAAAAAGAAAAGCCACUCAGUCAGGAUUCAUUGAAGAUACAGAAUAAUUCGCAACAUUCAAAUAGUUAUUUCAUAAAUGCCUUUACGGAAUCACCGUUUGAACGAGAAUUGGUUCCAUAUGAUGAUCUUCCAGAAACUGAUGAACCAUUAAUGGAAUUAGAAAGUCCAGAAGAAGAUACACGAUGUCAGUUAUGGGAAGACAAUAAUCCUAUGCUUAAAUUAUUAUCUGAUAGUACAAGUGGAUUUCAAUUGGAAUCAGCAAAAUCUUCAGAAAAACCUCCAAUGCUAACAGAUACAUUAAAAGAUAAUUGGGUAACAGUUGAAACAAAUUGGGAACCCUUAUAUACUAGAGCAGCAGUAGGAGAAGAAAGAAGCGGUGUUUGGGGAAUAAAUACAGGGGGUGUAUGGGCUGCUGGUCCAUGGGGUGCAGCUACGCCGCCUGUAGUUUCACAAUUAUCUUCAUUACAAACAGAAACGGAUACACAAGAAAGAUCAGGUUUCGAUCCAUUUCGUUCACUCAGUACAAUAUGGACGCCAUCAUCUUCAGAGUCUUGGAAAAAAAAACACGAAGACUAAUCUCGUUUCCAAAAAUUUUCGAUAUUGUAUCUUGUGAUAUCUAGACCUGGUUAAAGCAAUUUUUUUCUAAUAUGGAAAGUAAUAAUGUAUUUAUUAGCAACACCUUUCGUGAUCGAUAACGCUUAAACUACCAGCUGGUUUUUGUUAUUAUUCAUGUUUUUGCGUAUUUGUGAUAUGUUGUUGAAUAGUACCUCGCAUAAUAAUACGAAUAAGUUUGGAGAAAAAAAUUGUUUUGUACUCGUUAAAUUUUUAUGUUAUCAUUUAUUGACUUAUGUUAUUAUUGGUAUUUUAGCAUGAUAUGUUGAACUAUUAUUGAUUUGAAAUCACAAGUUUUUUUUAUGAUUCCUAGUUAGAAUGACCAACUAAAGUCUGAAUUGGAAAUAAUAAAUGAAACAUAGAAUAAUCAAAAAAAUGAAUUUUUAAAAGCAAAAAUGUUUCUAGUUUAUGAAUUUUGUCUUUUGAUUAAUUGUUUUUUUUAUACUUUCUACAUAAUAUAAAUGAAAAAUAAUCACAAUACUCAAAGAAUGUUGGUCUUGAUGUUACAUAAAAAGAGGUAAUAAUUAAGUUAUUUGGAACGAGUGAGAACUGUGAUUUUUAUAGUCUUGACUUGUAGAAAUUUCUUUGGUAAGUUUUCAAAACAUUUUACAAAGUUGUGAUGUAUACAAAACAAAAUAAAAAUGUGUACCUACUCUUCAA